GUAAAUCCAAGAGAUAUAAGCUACCUGCGAGGACAAUUGCCUAAAGCUAAAGUGAUUGACCAAAGUUCUUUUUUCUCUACUGGCGUUGACUACGCAGCCCCUCCUAAAAAGAUUCGCAACAAGACAAUAGCCAAGGCUUACUUAUGUUUGUUCGUGUGCUUGCGCUGAUUCGUAGCACGAAGAGAUAGGUGCAGGGAAAUAUAUUCAGGUAACGACACAAAUUUCAUUGGGACGCGCAAAUUUCACUAAAGAUAGAGCUAUAUUAAGGAGUUCUUGUCAUCAAAUCAGAAAUUCAUUUCUGAAUUCAUGGUCUCUGAAAGCUUUGAUUGAUACUCCAUUCCUCCCCAUGUUCCUCGUUUUGAAGAGUGCAAUUAAAUUAUGU